CGGAGAGCGCCCGCCCUGUGGCGCUAAAGCAGCCGUACGGAGACGGUUAACGAUGUUUCCGUAGAGGCGCUGCGUUAUUCCCCAAUCGAAUUUACGGCGGGACAGGCCGCGUCACAGCGUUCGGUGCCUACGGAGAUAGCGUAGCAGAGGCCUUUCCCUCUUUGAGGCGGCCUUCCUGAGGGAGACGUGGCUGUUACCCGGCCCGGGAGGAGGGGGCGGAGAGGCGGGUUGUGGGGAAGGCGCGGGCUCCGUCAACCCCGGAGGGAUGGCUCCUCCUUGCCAGACACGCGGCUGUUUCCCGAGAGGAGCCUUAAGCCGGGCUUGAGGGAGAGCGGGAACCCACCCGGCCGGGCCUCUCCUUCGGCUGAGGUAAAAGCGGGCCCGCGCUUUGGAGCCCCUGCGAGUCAAGGAGAGCCUCAGGCGGCCUAGGUGGUGAAGAAGAAUCAAUGGAACUAGGAAUUAUGGAGGAAAGCAAUUUUCUGUUUCUGCCAGGAGUGGAGAAAAUCACCAUAUAAAUCUCUCACCAUGGUGCAUUCUUAAUCUCAGCUUCUGAGGAUCAGCAUGUGGCACAAAUCGGUAUGUGUGGCCUUGCUGGCCCUUGCUACAGGCUACGUUUUCUUGCUAGACCCUGAGCUUCCAGAUUCAGUGCUGGAGUAUCUCUCAGGUGUCUUCUUGUACAACGUCCGGGGUGGUCUUCCAUCUCCAGAGAGCAGGAUGGCAGCUGCCUGGGAUGCACUUAUUACCCAACCGGCCAAGCAGUGGAAUCGAGUUGCUGUUGGAGUCAAUGCCUGUGUAGAUGUGGUCCUUUCUGGAGUAAAGCUGCUGCAGGCCCUUGGCCUAGAUUCUGGGACUGGACAAGACCAUUCAGUCCUGCAUUCCGCAACAGAUCUAAAAGAAGCAUUCACCUACUUUAUGGGGAAAGGAGCUGCUGCAGAACGCUUUUUUAGUAAUGCAAAGUUGUUCCAUCAGAUUGCACAGACUGCUUCUCAGUAUCCUGGGGCACAGUUAUAUGUGGGAGGUAAUGCUGCUCUCAUUGGCCAGAAAAUUGCAGCUAAUCCACAUCUUAAGGUUCUGCUGUGUGGCCCAAUUGGUCCUAAACUCCAUGAACUGCUUGAUGAAAAUGUUAUUGUCCCUCCUGAAUCAAUGCAAGAACUGGAUGAAUUCCACCUUAUUUUGGAAUAUCGAGCAGGUGAAGAGUGGGGACAGCUGAAAGCUCCAAAUGCCAACCGCUUCAUCUUCUCCCAUGACUUGUCUAAUGGGGCCAUGAAUAUGCUUGAAGUAUUUGUGUCUAGUCUGGAGGAGUUCCAGCCAGACCUGGUGGUGCUCUCAGGACUGCAUAUGAUGGAGGGACAAACCCAGGAGAUACGUCAGAAUAGACUCCUCGAGGCUGUAGCUUCCAUUUCUGACAUUCCCACAGAUGUUCCUGUACAUCUGGAACUGGCCAGUAUGACAGACCCGGAACUCAUGAGUGAGAUCAUACAUCAGCAGGUCUUUCCUCUCGUGGACUCCAUUGGCUUGAAUGAACAGGAGCUGCUGUUCCUCAGUCAAGCGGCUUCUGGACCUUACGCCUCACUCACUUCCUGGAAUGGGACCCCAGAUGUGGCGAUGGUCAGUGAUAUCCUCUUCUGGAUCUUGAAACACCACGGGAGGUCCUCUCAGAAGGCAUCAGAUCUUACUCGGAUCCACUUCCACACGUUGGCCUAUCACAUCCUAGCAACUGUAGAUGGGUAUUGGGCCAACCAGGUGGCAGCUGUGGCGGCUGGUGCAAGAGUGGCAGGAACGCAAGCUUGCGCCACCCAAACCAUCGAUGCCAGCAGAGUCUUCCUUAAGGCACCACUGGAGUUUGCCACUUCUAAGAUGGAAGAGGGCUCUCGAGUUUCCUUAAAUCCUGGCGAGCCAGUGUCGGAAUGGCACAGGGAUGGGAUCACAUUCUAUUACACUCCCGUUCUGGUGUGCAAAGAUCCGCUGCGGACCGUUGGUCUUGGUGAUGCCAUUUCUGCCGAAGGACUCCUUUAUUCAGAAAUCUACCUUCAUUAACUCGUGCAGACCAGAAACAACUUAACCUCUGCAAAAUCUGAACCAUGCAGGCGUGGAUUGAAAGUUAGUAUUUGGUAGAUGAACCAAAGAAUAAGAGUUAAGACACAGACCAGCUGUUGUGUUUUGCCACAAGGAUAUGUACAGUUCAGUGGUGAGGUAUGAGUUGUUGAAUAUAAGGA